AUGGGAGCUGCAGGGAUUAGAAUUCACGACAUGAUGGAUUGCUUCAUCAGCAAACAUGUAUGGUACGGCGGUGUUGGUUUUACCAGGCGUGAAAUAUACAACCUUUGCGCCAGGGAGAAGAGGAAGCUGCUUUCAAAAGGUGAUGCUGCCACAGUCAUAGGCAUCAUGGUCAGUAGGAAACAAAGGGAUCCUAGCUUCUUUUUCGAGUACAAGCUAGACAAGGAAGGACAUAUGAAUAGGAUGUUCUUGUGUGACUCCCAGUCUCGUCAUGACUAUGAGGACUUCGGCGACGUGCUUGUAUUUGACAGCACGUACAAGAUGAAUCGACUCAAGGUUGGGACUGCCCGCCAGGCGCACAAGCGAUCUGUUGGGAUUUGGAUGGACUGGAGCAGCUGA